AGGAAGUCCUUCUUACUUUUCUUGUCCUUACUUUUUGACCAUUUCUGUUUAUUGAUCCUGAUGGCUCAACAUUGCUUCCAAAACGAAUAUUUUGAUAGCUUGCUGCAGUCCUGUAAGCCGUGUCACCUUCGAUGCUCCAGUAAGCCACCUUUUUCAUGUCAGAACUAUUGUAAUGAGAUUUAUUUUGAAGGUGCUGCAGACCCAGUGAAAUUAUCACAUGGAAUUAUUUGGAUCUGUUUAGGCAUAGGAAUACUUUUAACAUUCGCAGUGUUUGUAUUAAUGGUCCUAUUUAAAAGAAGGUACUCAAAGCCAUCAAAGGAAGAAAUUAAAAUUACAGAAUCUUCCAUGGAGCUAAAUAUUAUACUCCAGACUGACACUGAGAGCUGUGUGAAUGCAGAUGGAAUUGGGGAGACACUCCAAAGUGAAUCAUCACUCAUGUAUUCAGUACAGGAAUGCACUUGUAUGGAUUGUAACCUGGUGAAACCCCAAACUGGCUUUGAUACCUCUUUCCCAUUACCAGCCACAGAGGAAGGAGCUGCUGUUUUAGUUACUACAAAGACUUCUGAUUGUUGCAGCUAUCUUCCAGGUGUUGUACAACUACGAUAGGGAGAAAAGUGUUUUUACUGCAUACAGUGAAUCAGUUCAUAGUGUAAUAUAGAAAUAAUAUAGUUAUACUCAUAAAUCUUAUUACUGGCAGUUACUGGGGAAGAUUAGUACAUCCUGUUUCCUUGUACCUCUUGUAUUUCACUUUCAUUGCUUUUGUUAUAUUGCUUCUAAUUUUAGCUUAUUUUUAUAUGUAUAUUUUUACAUUAUUGCUUGAA